AGAUAGAUAGGAGGGCUAUCAAAUGAAAAGAACCGCACGGUCAAUACUGAACUAGUGGCUACCAUUUUUCUUUAUAUUUUUCAAAAAAGUACUUUUGGCAAAAUAGCGUUUUUUUUAAAUCUGGCGUUUGAAGGGGGAGGGGGUUGGUUGGAGAGGAAGGAGGAGGUUCUGCCCACCAGCUUAGGCCUAGGACAGGCAACCAAUAGUGUUGUGGAGCAGCAUGGAAAUGCAGGGGUACUGAGAUAUUUGGGGAGGGGUGGGGUAUUGAACCGCAUUUGAGGUUUGGAGCAAAAAAAAACACAAAGACGUGGUCACGUUUUGUGUCUGUCUUUUUUUUGUUCCAGCCUCCCCAACCGCGUUCUCACCCGCCUUCUAUUGAUAGGAGUGCAAAUGUGCCAGGAUAGCUGAGGAUGAAGGGCAGCCAUGUUGCAAUAGGAACUUUUCAUGCAAGAGCUUAAUCCAACUCGUGAUUAUCGUUUGCUUUUUGGUGAGGAUGGUUAAGGAUUGUAGGAUCUUUAAAUAAUGCAUGAUAAAAUGUCGUUAAUAUAAAUGAACUGUCAUUGCAAAAGGAAGGAGAACGGGACCCGAAGUCAAUCGAGAGGAAAAAAAGGUUAAGAAUAUCUCGGGGGCAAGAUGGAUCGUUCCUGUGAAUAUGAAUUAUCGGGCAGUGCUUUGCCUUUUUCUAGUUCGCAACAGUUUUCAAAUUCAUUGGGUUUUGAUGUUUCUGAAAUUAAUGAUCGAAGUUGCAGGCCAGGACAGAAUAUUUGCGAACAAGAGUACUGUAAUCUGCAGGACAGAAGCACUGUUCAGUUUUCUACUGAUUCAAAGGAUGGUGCACAGCCUGCAUUUAAUGGACAUGUUUCAGCACCACCGUAUAUUCCAUUGCGCCGACUUCAAGAUCUGGCUUCCAUGAUUCCUACACGGUUUUCUGACUCCCCAGAGACAAAACAGUGGUCUGAAUCACCUGAGGGCUCUCCUACCCGGGAUUGUUGUGCAAUUGAUGAAGGCAGAUGCACUCCUACAGUAUCUGAUUCUACUCAGAAUGGUUCCCCAGAGCUAAAGUUAAAGAUAACUAAGUUGGUUAUGAACGGAAAGAUGAUGUUUGAAUCAUCCAUCUGUAGUGAGGUGGAAACAGAGGAUGCGAAGGAUUCUGAAGAUCAUCCUCCAGUUAUCAAAGAGGUUGAAAUACCAGUAUCGCACAGAGCAAAAAGAAUGAGAAAGAAAAGUGUCAAGUACAGUCCCUCCCAUGAAUCUGAACAGAAAGUGGACAACACGAUGGCCUAUUAUCCACCCGUUCCAGCAGAAGGAAGGAAGAGCUGUGCUGGAAGACGGAAGAAGGUGAUUCCAGUGAAAUUUGAGGUUGGAGAUUUGGUAUGGGUGAAGUUUAGUAGACGUCCUUGGUGGCCUAGUGCUGUCUGUCUUGAUCCUCUACUGAAGAUUCACUCCAAAAUGAAAGAACCCAGCAGGCGGCCCUGCCGACAAUAUUACGUUCGGUUUUUUGGCAUCGUUGUUGAACACGCCUGGGUUGCUUCAGCAGUGGUUGAACCAUUUGAAGGAAGACAUCAGUAUGAGCUGCUGGUUCAAAGAAAUGCCAAAAAUGGGGAAACUGAUGUGCAUAGAAACAAGGUUUCCGUUAAAGUGCACACACAGUGGGAAACUGGUGUUGUUCAGGCAGAAGAAGCACUUUCCAUGUCUGUUGAGGACAGAAUAUCCAAAUAUUGCCUAACUAGUGAAGAUGGUUUGCUUCAUAUGCCUGGCAAAGAAAAGCUUGACUUUCAGCUCACUUCAGAACCCAAGGAGCCAAAUGUUUCAGCUGACUCCAACAGUCACUGCAAUAAUUCAGAAGAUUGCCAUGCUACAUAUGCACACCAGAAUAGCAAGAUGAAUACCAACUCUUCAAUUAGGUGUUCUUCUGACUGUAAAACGAGAAAACGAAUGAGAAAUAAACUGUUAAAGGCCAGAGUUCCUGUCAGUGAAUCUGCACACUGUGCAUACAAUACAAACAGUACUGUAAAUAAUGUGCAGAUGAAUUCUGCAACUCUUAUAAAUGGUUUUGUAGAGGCAUCAAAUGAGAUCAUCACCGGAAUAGAGAGUUCAACCCCGAAAUCUUGUAUCGUUGAAAGUUCUUCCGUAUAUAAUAAUGUCAUAAGUACGUCAGAGAUUGUUUCAGCUGCAACAGCUGUAUUAAAUUGGUCAGAUGAAGGCAUUUCUAAGGAACCAUUUAAUGUAGAAAAUGGCCCAACUACAAUUGAAUACAAGACCAAAUCUAGUUCUGAACAUUAUGGUGUCUGUAAUGGGACUGGAACUCAGUUUGAAGCCAACUACCAGAACACACAGAUAAGGUCACAGGAUGCCAAUGAAGGUAUUCAGCAGGUUGAUGAGCUGGUCCUUACACAGAACAUUGAGCAUCAUGCUAAACAGAAGGAGUGGAAAAGAGCAGAGAUAUUACCCAAUGUUACAGAACUGAAACAGCAGUCUUCGUCACUAGUUAUUACUGAAGGCAAACGCCAAAGGAAACCCAGUAAAAAACUGCUGGAAUCAACAGAAGAUUAUGACCAGUUAUUUAUCUCUAAAAAGAAACUGAAAACAUGCCUUCAGCUGUUACAUCAGGACGCAACAGAAUGUUUAGACAAAGCAACCUAUCAAACAGAAUCACAAGAAUCUGGAAGCAGCAAUACUGAAUCAAAGAGGAGGCGGCGGCACAAAAGGAAUUUGAAUCACUCACAUACAGCCUGUACACAAGAAAUGGCCCCAUCUACGAUUGCAGUAGACCCUGUCACGUCAAGAUCUAUAAUAUGUCAAGCCGUGCCAAUACCUUUAACGGUCCAAGGUAUUUCCUCACCUGUAGCGCAGCUAGCACUCUCUGCAUCAGUAGUAAAGCCAGCCAUACCCACAUCUCCUGUGAACCAGUGUUCAUUUGCUCCUUCUGUAGAGAAAAUCCAGGUUACACAUGCAGUGGAGGCACCCCAGACCGUGGCUGCAGUGGAGGCACCCCAGACCGUGGCUGCAGUGGAGGCACCCCAGACCAUGGCUGCAGUGGAGGCACCCCAGACCGUGGCUGCAGUGGAGGCACCCCAGACCGUGGCUGCAGUGGAGGAAUCCCAGAAAGUGGGAGCCGUGGAGGAACCCCAGACUGUGCGAGCCGUGGAGGAACCCCAGACCGUGGCUGCAUUGGAGGAGUCCCAGCCUGUCGCUGCAGUGGAGAAACCCCAGUCCGUACACGCAGUUGUAAAACCCCUGUCCCCACUUGCCGUGGAAAAAUGCCAGUUUCUGCCUCCAGCAGAAAAUUCUCAUUUGUUGCCUACGAUACGAAAGUCCCAAGCUGUACCUACAACAGAAGAUUCUCAAUCCACAAAUACGGUGGAGAAAUUCCAAACCAUGUCAGCAGUGGAGCAAUCUCAGUCUAUGCCAGCAGGGAAACAGUCCCAGUAUAUUUAUGUGGCAGAGCAAAGUCUGCCCAUGCCUCCAACAGAACUGUCCAACCUCAUGGAUGCAGAAGAUCAGUCCCAGGUUUUACCUACUAAGGAACAAUUCCAAUUCUCACCUGCCACAGAUGCCCUAACUGCUCUAGCAACAGAAUGUAACCAGUCCAUACCAGCAGAAGAAGUCCCUCUGCCCGUAUCCUUAGAAAGUUCAACACAACAAGCAGAAUCCCAGCCGAUUAAAACAGGCAGUAUUGUUAAGAAGAGGUGGCAACACAGAAACUAUCUGAAUACUAAACAAAUAUAUUCUACUCCACAACCAGCUCUUGGGGCUAAAGCAGAGACAAUACUUUCACAACUGUCCACUUCACCUGAAAAUGCUGAAGGAAAGCGUCAAAGAAAACCAACGAAGAAGCUGUUAGAAUCAACAGAAGAUUUUGAUCAACUUUUUAUCCCAAAGAAGAAAUUUAAACAAGAUCUUCAUCGCUUAUUAAGGGCCUCCCCACAUUCUGAAGCCAGAUCUGUAAAGAAACUUCAAAACAAAGUAACUGCUUCCGUGCCACAGUCUGUCAAACCCGAUUCAGGUGAAAACAGCAUCUCUAGCAGAAGAACAAGUUGUAAAAAUGAGAAGAGACUUCGACAAACAUCAACAUCCAAUAGGAACCAAAGUCGUCUCAGAUCUAUAAAUGAGAAAAAGAAUGAUACUCAGCCAGACUCUGCAGAUGAAAAUGACUUAGAUCUGUUUUUAUCAACAUCAAGGAAAUCACAAGUGGAACGUGGUGGAGGGGCUGCAAAGAAAGAAAAUGUCUGCCAGCUGUGUGAGAAAACUGGGGAGUUACUGCUAUGCGAAGGACAAUGCUGUGGCGCCUUCCAUUUAAAGUGCCUAGGUUUAACCAAAAUGCCCGAAGGGAAAUUCACGUGCAGAGAAUGUACCACAGGUGUUCAUACUUGCUUUGUAUGUAAAGAAAAUGAGAAGGAUGUGAAGCGAUGUCUUAUGCCACUAUGUGGGAAGUUUUAUCAUAUGGAUUGCAUUAAAAAAUACCCUACCACUGUAAUACAGAACAAAGGAUUCCGGUGCUCACUCCACGUUUGUCUGUCUUGUUACGCUUGCAACCCUACUAAUCCAAGAGCAAACAAAGGUCGAAUGAUGCGCUGUGUGCGGUGUCCUGUGGCUUAUCAUGCCAGCGAUAAUUGUUUGGCAGCAGGAUGCGUGGUCCUGGCUUCAAACAGUAUCAUAUGUACUAACCACUUCACUCCACGGAGGGGCUGCAGGCAUCAUGGUCAUGUCAAUGUCAGCUGGUGCUUUGUAUGCUCAGAAGGUGGCAGUUUGCUGUGCUGUGAGUCAUGUCCUGCUGCCUUUCACCGUGAGUGCCUGAACAUUGAGAUGCCUAAAGGAAAGUGGUACUGCAAUGACUGUAAGGCUGGCAAAAAGCCCCAUUAUAAAGACAUCAUCUGGGUCAAACUGGGUCGAUACAGGUGGUGGCCUGCUGAAGUCUGUCAUCCUAAAAAUGUUCCUACAAAUAUUCAGAAAAUGAAGCAUGAAAUUGGCGAGUUCCCUGUUCGUUUCUUUGGCUCCAAUGACUACUUCUGGACUUACCAGGCUCGUGUGUUCGCAUAUAUGGAAGGGGACAAAGGGAGUAAAGACAAAAAAUGCAAAGGCCUUAAUACCAUCUUUAAAAAAGCACUACAGGAAGCUGCAGAAAGGUUUGAGGAGCUGAAAACACAAAGAGAAACAAGACAGGCACAGGAGGACAAACGGAAUGAAAAGAAGCCACCACCAUACAAACAUAUCAAGGUAGGACAGUUUGUAAAUGAGUACGUGGGUGAGGUGAUAGAUGAAGAGGAAUGUUAUGCUCGAAUAAAAUACGCACAGGAACAUGACAUCACCAACUUCUACAUGCUUACUCUUGACAAGGACCGGAUUAUUGAUGCAGGCCCAAAAGGAAAUUAUUCACGCUUCAUGAAUCACAGCUGUAAGCCAAACUGUGAGACACAGAAAUGGACAGUGAAUGGAGAUACUCGAGUUGGACUAUUUGCUUUAUGCGAUAUUGCUGUUGGGUCCGAACUAACAUUUAAUUACCACCUGGAAUGCUUGGGCACUGGAAAAACGAUCUGUAAAUGUGGGGCCCCAAACUGCAGUGGCUAUCUAGGAGUACCACCUAAGAACAUACAAAGCUCAACAGAUGAAAAGAAGACAAAGAAGCGACACAUUAUUACCAGGAAGAGAAGGCAGCAAUCUGAACUAGUAAGAGAACAUGAGGAAGAAUGUUUCCGCUGUGGAGAUGGUGGGCAGCUAGUGAUCUGCAAGAAGCCAGGGUGUCCUAAGGUGUAUCAUGCUGAUUGUCUAACCCUGACCAAGCGUCCUGCUGGUAAAUGGGAAUGUCCGUGGCAUCAGUGUGAUGUGUGUGGAAAAGAGGCAGUCUCUUUCUGUGAACUGUGCCCCAGUUCUUUCUGCAUGGACCAUAGGGAUGGAGCUCUCUUCAUCUCCAAACUUGAUGGCCGACUUAGCUGUAAUGAACAUGAUCCAUGUGGCCCUGUUCCUUUGGAACCUGGAGAAAUAAGAGAGAUUAUGCCACCACCCAGCAAACAUGUAUUACAGACCUUGCAACCAUCAGAUUCCACACACAUUCGAUGAAUGGAGUGUCCGUUUAUGGUGUGCCUCUGACAGGAGCUUUAUUAAGAAAAGUGAAAAGCUGCCUUCCUUUCAGUAGAAGACAGAUAUUCAAACUGAAUGUUGGCUGUUAUAGCUUCAGGUGAUAUUACGUUCCUCUGGAAUACUCAUGCUUCAGUCUUGGAGAUCCUAAUGAUACACCAAAGUCUCCAUAGGAUUCAAUGGAGGACACCUUCGAUUCAUUGAGAAAUUUAUAAACCAAAGCUCAGAGGCUACUUCCAACAUUUUCAGUGAGAAAUCAAAUCAAAGCUUGUGAACUGGCAAAAAAGCACUUGAAAAGUGCAAGAGAAAGGGAGUACACAAGACAUUCCUAGGGCUAAAGGAUCAGCAGUAUCAGAAAGCUCAAAAGUAAUACUCUCAGUGGCAUCAACAAAAAGAUCAAAAAAGGUUCUGGACCCUCAGCCCUUUGAUAUGUCAUUCUUUCUUUAGAGAAUGAUCUCUACAGCCCGGGGAUUGCUAUGGGAAAUAUACCUUCCUGUAAAUAAGGAGACCAAAAUUGCACACAAGUGAUUUCACCAAGUCUUCAUAUGAUUGCCAAGAUUUCUUUACUUUGAUGCUCAAAUCUUCUUGCAAUACAAGGUCAGUAUACCAUUUGCCUUAACUGUACCUGCAUGUUAACUUAGUGACUUGAGAACUCUUGGCAGUUGAAAACUGUUAAUGCCUCUCACCAUACUUUGUGUUUUCCUACCCAAGUAAAUAAUGUCACAUUUUGCUGCAUUGUGUAUUCAUAUACCAGUUUUUUUUUAAGACUCAACCUCUAAACCCCCUUGAAGCAUCUCUGCUUCCUCCUCUUAAAUAACAGAUACUUAAUUUAACAUGAUUCUCAAUAUCAGCUGGAGAUCAGUUGACCCUUAUCACAUUAAAUGGCAUGACAUGUUUGAUCAUUGACGUCAACUCCAC